GAAAACCCUAUUUUGACAGUAAAAAUCGUGUUCCGGUGUCAAACACCGGGCGGGAGGGCAGGGCUAAGACGUGACGAAGAUGUCAGUAGCGUCAGAGCGGGAUAACAUCGCUUUAAUUCAGGAAGAGACCCGGAUAUCUCUAGGUUUGAGCAGCUGUGAGGACAAAAGAACACAUAUUAUGAGUGCUAUGGCUGCCAAGAAGCAGAAAGAACGUACUUCUGCUUCAGGCAGCUCUGCAGAGAAGAUGAGGCUAAAAGCCAGCGAGAAAAAGUGCUCUUGGGCUUCUUACAUGACUAAUUCUCCAACCAUGAUAGUGAUGGUUGGGUUGCCAGCCCGGGGGAAAACAUACAUGUCCAAGAAGCUGACACGAUACCUGAACUGGAUAGGAGUGCCAACCAAGGGUGUUCUUUGUGGAGUCAUUAUGUGAUGAUCCAGAUGUCAUUGCUGAAAACAUCAUGGAGGUGAAGGUCUCUAGUCCAGAUUACCCAGAGAGCGGCAGUGACAGCGUCAUGGAGGACUUCCUGAAACGCAUAGAAUGCUACAAAGUGACAUACCAGCCUUUGGAUCCUGACGAUCACGACAAGAACUUGUCCCUCAUUCAGGUCAUUAAUGUGGGUCGCAGGUUCCUGGUCAACAGAGUGCAGGACUACAUCCAAAGCAAGAUCGUUUACUACCUCAUGAACAUCCACGUGCACUCUCACUCCAUCUACAUCUGCCGGCAUGGAGAGAGCCUUCACAAUGUGGAGGGGCUCCUGGGAGGAGACUCUGAGCUGUCAGAGAGAGGAAAGCAGUUUGCAGCGGCCUUGAGGGGUUUCAUCGAGGAGCACAAGCUGUCAGACCUGAAAGUGUGGACCAGCCAACUGAGACGCACCAUCCAGACAGCCGAGGAGCUGGGUGUCCACUACGAGCAGUGGAAGAUUCUGAAUGAGAUCGAUGCUGGUGUGUGUGAAGAAAUGAGCUACAAGAUGAUUGAGGAAAAAUAUCCCAAAGAGUUUGUCAUGAGAGACCAGAACAAAUAUCUUUACCGCUACCCUGGAGGAGAGUCCUACCAGGACCUGGUUCAGCGGCUGGAGCCGGUGAUUAUGGAGCUGGAGCGACAGGGAAAUGUUCUGGUCAUCUGCCAUCAGGCUGUCAUGCGCUGCUUGCUGGCUUAUUUCCUGGACAAAGGCGCAGAUGAUCUGCCCUACCUGAAAUGCCCUCUGCACACCGUCCUGAAACUCACUCCUGUGGCUUAUGGCUGUAACGUGGAUAAGUUCGACCUGGGGGUGGAGGCCGUAAACACUCACAGGGACAGACCAUUAACUAAAGGCAGGACGGACGGCAUGCCUCCACCUUUCCUGCGUCGGAACAGCUUCACUCCUCUUUCCAGCCAAGACCAAAUCAAAAGACCUCGUCUUUACAGCGUGGGCAGCCAGUUUAACGCCCGCACGUCCCACGCUCCUGUUUUACCCAGCAUGCACUUUUCCGAGGCACCUGAGGGCGUUGACUCUCCACAAAUAAAGGACCGUGAGAAUGAUUUCACUGAAGCCGACGUGGAGGACUCGGUGAGGAAUUAGAUGACCUGUGGAGCACCUGUUGUCUCCUCUCUGCCAUCACACAGGCGUCACUGUAAUCUGCACUGGAUCUGUAUAGGUUUUAAUGUUAUUUUGGGUUUAUUCUAUUAUAUUUAUGAAUUAUUAUUUAAGCAAAUUGCAUUUUAAAUUUUGGCUGUGAAUCUAGACGCACAAAAGAAACGAUGUAGAAGAAUAAAAUUCCUCUCGGUGUCAUAAACUGUAACUUACAGUUUGUCACUUGUAUAAAAACUCCAGAUAUUGUUACUCAAAUUGUUUAUAGCUUUGUAACAUUCCCAAAGACUGCUUACAUACCCGACCGGGUAAAGUAACGGCUUUAUUUUGAAAUGCAGCUUAAUCACAAUAAGAAGCUUUUAAGCAGCAACACUGAAACUUUUAAAAUGAAACGUCCGGUCCAGCCAAUAAAAAAGCAGGAGUGCCGGUUUUGUUCUCCUUUGUUCAGUUAUUCUACAAUAGAACAAAAAGGGUUGUUUUUCUGUUUUCUAUUCGUUUUAAUAACAUACUUUAUUGUAGAUUGGACAUUUGUAUCAUUUUUCCUCAUAUAAAUAUAUAUAUAUAUAUAAAUAAAAGCCGCAGAACUACUUUUUCUUAUAAAUGCAUAAUUAAAUAUUGUGAUAUAUCACAGAAUUGAUUUUUCUCUACACUUCUACUGUUUAGGGUCACAGGGUCACUGCUGUCAGAAAAAAAUGCAGGUUAAACCCUGGACAUGUGGUCUGUCCUCUUCUGACAUGUUUUCAUUUUACAUUUUGGGAAGGAAAUAAUCUCAUAAGUAUCUAUAUUUAAACAUACACACCCUUUCAAAAAAUAAAUAAAUAAACUGAAUAUAGAUUCGGGCCCCACUGUUCACUUGAUUUCUUGUAUUGUUUUUGUUUUUUUUACAUAAAUUGUGGUUCCAGCUCAUAAAACACACAAAAAACAGAAAUUAGAAUUCUGUGGAGAAAUCAAAAUUUACUUCUUGGUUUUUGCAAAAAGAUAAAAACAGAUUAUAAUCAUAUCUGUCAGUUUAAAAUGUUAUUUUCAUCUUCAACACUUUAUUAAAAUGAGAAGAGUCUGUUCUGCUGGAAGCUGAAAUCUGCAUCCAGAUCCUCAGCAGAAGGAGUCAUGAAAUUCUCUGAAACCUCAUGUAUAAAUAGUGGAUUGAAGGAAUCAGAGUUUAUCAACACCAGCAGCUCAGAUCAUGACUGACUGGAGAUUUCACGUUGGACCUCCAGUCUUCCUCCAAACCCUGAGAUGUUAAUUCCAAAAUGAAAUUUGUGUUGUUUUUAUUAUUUUUUUUUUCUAUUCUUUUUUGUGAGUUUCAUGAGCUGGAACCUCAAUUAAUGUGAACAAUAAACAAAUAAAUGCUUGAAUCAAUCCAGCAGUGGGCCUUGAAUCUGUAUCCUAUCAAAGUGUCAUUUUUAAAAACUUUUCCGUGAUAAUUAAAUAUUAAGGAGAGGGUUUAUACAGCUACAAUAGAAAAAAAGUUUUUGCAGAAAUUAAAUUCAUCUCAUAUUGUUAUGUCUGGUGUCUUCUUUACUCUAACAAAAGGCCUAAAUGUUGGUUGAAGUGCGCAUGAGCUCACUGGGAGUGGCCUUGAGUGCCCGUCCAGACACACUCACUGAUGACAAAACCACAUCUGUGACUAAAAAAAACACAAAUUAUAUGUUGAAAGCCGUCCUUGGACUGCCAGGGUUUUUCACAACGCUGCCAACAAGUGUUGCAAUUUUUAUGGAACCUCUUUCGUCAGUCUGGAACCAUCACUGUGUGAUUCUUGGAGCGCUCACGUGUCAGCUUUAAAAAAUAAAUAAAUAAAUGAAAGGA